UAUGAUAUUAUAUUGCGUGACAAGGGAUUUACAUUGUGAGAUGUGCUGAAUUAAAUCUGGUACUCUCAUGAAACUUGGCGGUGUGCGAUUCAGUGGGCCAAAGAAUGAAAUCAUUUUAAUCAUUAAUAGUCAAAUGUCCUUUUACAUAGUUGAUGAUCUGCAUUCCAGUGACUGCACUUCCAGGUGACCACAACUAAUGUCCUUAAGGUCAUUACACUCAUUUUACAAUCACUUCUGAUAACAUCUUGGGCAUGUUCAUAAAUACAAUUUUUUUUUUUUUCCAAACAUGACAACAAAUCUUCCCAUUUUAAAAGCCCAAUAAGUUGUUUGUAUGAAAAUGUUGGGCUUCCUAGCUUGAAAUCCCUAAUUUUAUGAUUUGGAUAUUGAUUUUGUCUGAAGAAUUCAGACUGUAACUGGCCAUAAUGCUGACACAAACCUUAUCAGUGUAAUGGGGCUAUAGAUAAUAGUUGUAGGGGAGGAGCAUAGGUUGCCUUAUUAACUCCUGCCGUGUUAUUGCUGAAGAAACCGCACAUUGACUGAGAGCUGUCCUGUUCAGACAAGAUGAAGAAAACUAUGAAGUUUACACCACCGCGUGGGACAGACGUAGCAAAUCAAAAGAAUGGGUAUGAAAAGAAACAGAAGAAAGAACAGAAUACGCUCAGUGUUGGAUACUUUCAACUGUUCCGAUUUGCCACCUGGAAGGAGGUUGUUAUGAUGGUAGUGGGCAGCCUGUUCGCACUCAUACAUGGCGCCGCCGCCCCUCUCAUGCUUCUGGUGUACGGCAUGAUGACCAACACGUUUGUACUUUAUGAGUUGGAGAUGCAAGAACUGAAAGACCCAAAUAAAACGUGCCAGCACAACACCAUCCACUGGACAAACGGCUCAGUUUACGAGCCUGCUGAAAACGUGACCGUCGUCUGUGGGGUAGACAUCGAAGCCCAGAUGACUGUGUUUGCGUACUACUAUAUUGGAAUUGGAGUUGGCGUUCUGUUUCUUAGUUAUUUUGAGAUUGUCCUCUGGGUAUCCGCCGCUGCAAGACAGACUCAGAGAAUCCGAAAGACUUAUUUCCGUAAAGUCAUGCAAAUGGAGAUUGGGUGGUUUGACUGCAACUCUGUUGGUGAACUGAACACGAGAUUAUCAGAUGACAUCAACAAGCUCAAUAACGCCAUCGCUGACCAGGCGUCUUUCUUCAUCGAGAGGAUCUCCACCUUCGUGUUCGGGUUCAUGGUGGGCUUCAUCGGCGGCUGGAAGCUGACGUUGGUUGUCAUCGCUGUGAGCCCCUUGAUCGGUGUUGCUGCUGGACUGAUGGCAAUGGCUGUGGCGAGGCUAACAGGACGAGAGCUGAAGGCGUACGCAAAGGCGGGAGCCGUGGCUGAUGAGGUUCUGUCAUCCAUUCGAACGGUGGCAGCGUUCGGCGGGGAGGACAAGGAGGUUAAUAGGUAUGACCGAAACCUUGUGGAAGCUCAGAACUGGGGAGUAAAAAAGGGUUCGAUUAUCGGAAUCUUCCAAGGAUAUCUGUGGUGCAUCAUUUUCCUUACUUUCGCUCUGGCCUUUUGGUACGGAUCCCAGCUGGUCAUAGACACCAAGGAGCUAUCUCCCGGGACUCUUAUUCAGGUGUUUUUUGGAGUCCUGAUAGCAGCAAUAAACUUGGGUCAGGCCUCACCUUGUCUGGAGGCUUUUGCCUCAGGCCGUGCAGCUGCAAAGACCAUCUUUGAAACUAUUGACAGGGAAUCAGAAAUCAAUUGUUUGUCGGACGAUGGUUAUAAAUUAGACAGAGUGAAAGGGGACAUUGAGUUCCAUAACGUCACGUUCCACUACCCAUCCAGACCUGAAGUCAGGAUUUUAAAUGACCUAAGCGUGCAGGUGAAAGCAGACCAAACCACCGCUUUUGUUGGACCGAGCGGAUCGGGGAAGAGCACAGCCGUCCAGCUCAUCCAAAGGUUUUAUGACCCAAAUGAAGGAACGGUGACUUUGGAUGGCCAUGAUAUCCGAAGUUUAAACAUCAAGUGGCUCCGCUCACUUAUUGGCAUCGUAGAGCAGGAACCGGUGCUGUUUGCCACAACAAUUGCAGAGAACAUUCGCUUUGGAAAACCUGGAGUGACUAUGGAGGAAAUAAUCCAGGCAGCCAAAGAGGCCAAUGCCUAUCAUUUUAUCAUGGAUCUUCCACAGACAUUUGAUACUUUGGUGGGUGAGGGUGGAGGUCAGAUGAGUGGAGGGCAGAAGCAGAGGAUCGCCAUCGCUCGAGCUCUGAUCCGGAAUCCCAAGAUCCUGCUGUUGGAUAUGGCGACGUCAGCCCUGGACAACGAGAGCGAAGCCGUUGUCCAGAAGGCACUGGACAAGGUGCGCAUAGGCAGGACCACCAUUUCCGUAGCCCACCGUCUUUCCACUCUCAGGAAUGCCGACGUCAUCGUUGGAUUUGAACGUGGGCGGGCUGUGGAAAAAGGAACCCAUAGCCAGCUCAUGGAAAAGGAAGGCGUCUACUUCACCCUGGUCACCCUGCAGAACCACGUUCGAUCAAACACAGCUAAUGGCGUUGCCAGCGGAGCUGCUGCCGAGGAAAACCCUGAAACAAGAGCGAGGACGUUUAGCCGAACCAGCUGCCGCUCGAGUAAAAGGAGCUCAGUUCGCCUGCGAUCGCACAGCAACUUGUCCAGCGAUUUUUCGCCCGAUGCCGUAUCAAACAGCCUGCGGAUCCUUUCCAGCCAGAACAUCAUCCCGGACGUUCCAGAGUACGAGGAAGAGGAAGACGAACAUCUCGAACCUGCCCCGAUCUCACGGAUCCUCAAGUACAACAGGUCGGAAUGGCCCUACAUGCUGCUGGGCUCUCUGGGAGCUGCGCUCAAUGGCUCGGUUAACCCCAUCUAUGCUGUGCUCUUCAGUCAAAUUCUCGGGACGUUUGCCUUAGCGGACAUAAAUGAGCAGAGGGAGCAGAUCAACGGGAUAUGCGUUCUGUUUUGUAUUGUGGCCGUGACAAGUGUCUUCUCGCAGUAUUUACAGGGAUACGCCUUCGCAAAGUCUGGAGAGUUGCUUACACGCCGUCUAAGGAAAUUAGGCUUCCAGGCCAUGCUGAGACAAGACAUCGGCUGGUUUGAUGACCUCAAAAAUAGCCCCGGAGCGCUGACCACCAGACUGGCCACGGAUGCCUCCAUGGUCCAGGGUGCUACUGGAUCUCAGAUCGGCAUGAUCGUCAAUUCCCUGACCAACAUUGGAGCCUCUUUCAUCAUCUCCUUCUACUUUAGUUGGAAGUUAACCUUGGUCAUUAUGUGCUUCUUGCCGCUCAUUGGCCUGUCCGGACUCUUGCAAGCCAAGAUGUUGACAGGUUUUGCAAAUGAUGACAAAAAAGCAAUGGAGGACGCCGGCCAGGUUUCCAGUGAAGCUAUGGCCAACAUCAGAACCAUCGCAGGUUUAACCAAAGAGAGCUCGUUUGUGGAAUCCUAUGAGCAAAAACUCGAGUGUCCAUAUCAAUCUGCCAAGAGGCGAGCCAACAUCUACGGGCUCUUUUUCGGCUUAUCCCAGUGCGUCAUCUUUAUGGCGUACGCCGCUUCAUUCCGAUACGGGGGCUAUCUUGUCAACGCGGAGGGACUGCAAUAUGUGAUCGUUUUCAGGGUGAUAUCGGCAGUCGUAAUCAGCGGGACCGCAUUGGGCAGAGCUUCUUCUUUCACUCCAGAUUAUGCCAAAGCCAAGACGGCUGCUGCUCAUUUCUUCAAACUUUUGGAUCGAGUACCGAAAAUCAGCAUAAGUAGCACCGACGGGGAGAAAUGGGAGAACUUCAAGGGUGAAAUAGAGUUUCGGAAUUGUGAGUUCACCUAUCCAACACGCCCGGAUGUGCGUGUGUUGAAAGGCCUGAUGGUAACCGUGAAGCCGGGACAGACGCUUGCGUUUGUGGGGAGCAGCGGCUGCGGCAAAAGCACCAGCGUCCAACUGUUGGAAAGGUUCUACGACCCGGAUGAAGGGAAAGUGUUGAUCGAUGGCCGGCCGUCGCAGUCGGUGAAUGUGCCCUUCCUGAGAUCUCAGAUCGGCAUCGUGUCCCAGGAGCCCGUCUUGUUUGACUGCAGCAUCGCUGAAAAUAUUCAAUACGGGGACAACACGCGCCGCGUCGGCAUGGAGGAAAUCAUGGCGGCUGCCAAAAAAGCCUACCUUCACGACUUUGUGAUGACGCUGCCAAAUAAAUACGAAACCCAAGUCGGCGCGCAAGGCUCGCAGCUUUCAAGAGGACAAAAACAACGCAUCGCCAUUGCCAGGGCCAUCGUCAGGAACCCCAAGAUCCUGCUUCUAGAUGAAGCCACCUCUGCUUUGGACACUGAGAGCGAGAAGACCGUCCAGUCAGCUCUGGAUGAUGCGAGAAAAGGCCGAACCAGCAUCGUCAUCGCUCACCGGCUCUCCACCAUCCAGAAUGCUGACAUCAUCGCAGUGAUGUCACACGGCGUUGUCAUUGAGCAAGGCACUCACGAUGAACUCAUGGCCAAGACCGGCGCCUACUACAAACUAGUCACCACUGGAGCUCCCAUCAGCUAGAACGAGAACGCUCCCAGUACGGUGGAUAUCAAAAGUCUACACCCCCCUUUUGUAAUUCCAGGAUUCUGCGAUUUGAUAAACUGGCAGCAA